AUGGCGGUGAUUCACUUUUUUAUGAUUCUGCUUGUAGCAAGUAGUUUAUCAGCAAAGGAGAUUGAUCAAAAAACAAAAGUGUCUGAGCUCCUCGAGAACGGAAUUAAAGACGAGCCCGCAGGCAAACCGGCCAAGAGAGGCAUCAUCUCUUCCGGCCAUGGAUACAUCUCAUCUGGCCUAUCCCAUGGUAUCGGCCUAUCCAAUGGUAUCGGCCUUUCUCACGGAAUCGGUAUAGGCUCAGGCAUUGGAUACGGUUCCGGAAUUGGAAUUGGUUCAGGAAUUGGGAUUGGUUCAGGAAUCGCUGUCGGGGGAUCAGGUAUAGGUAUCGGAGGAGGUGGCAUAGGCAUUGGUGGUGGUGCCAUAGGAGUCAGUGCUGGCCCCGCUGUAGCAGUCGCGGCCCCCGCAGUCGCCGUCGCUCCGGCUCAAGUCCAAACUUCUGUCUCAGUACAACCAAAUCCAGUCAUUUUACGCCAAGAAGUCCCAAGAUUUAUAACCAGAACAAUAACCAGGGAUGUUCAGGUUCCUGUCCAAGUCCCAGUGCCAGUUCCAGUCGACCGUCAAAUACCUGUACCAGUCAGGGUGCCAGUCCCAGUGCCCGUCGACAGACCUGUACCAGUUAUUCACAAAGUACCUGUCGAAGUCACCAGACAAGUACCCGUGUAUUACGAAAGGAAGGUGCCAUACCCAGUUAAAGUACCAGUAUCGGUACCUGUACCUUACCCUGUCACCGUUGAAAAGCAAGUUCCAGUAGACCGUCCAGUAUAUGUUGACCGCCAAGUGCCAGUACCUUAUCCAGUGCACGUAGAGCGUCAAGUGAACGUACCUGUGCCUGUGCAUGUAGAUAGGCCUGUGCCUGUACCUCACCCCGUUGUAGUCGACAGACCUGUCGCCGUGCCUCAUCCUGUAGUUGUUGAGAAGCCCGUCGCAGUGGCCGCUGCAGCCGUGCCGGUUCACUCAGCCGGUAUCAGCCUUGGCAGCUCUCUCGGUGGCGUAUCUCUUGGAGGAGGCUAUUCAUCAUACGGCGGCCUUUCUUCCUACGGUGGCCUUUCCUCCUACGGUGGCGUUUCGUCCUACGGCGGUGGCUACUCAUCCGGUAUAAUUUCAUCUGGAAUAGGGCACGGUCUGUCCGGCGGAUACUCGAAGAUCAUCAGUAGCCAC